AUGUCGCGCUCCCCUCGCGCCGCACGCACCGCAGACGACGCCCCGCCCACGGACUGGCUGGCCGAGCUGCCGCACGAGCUGCACCUCCGCAUCCUCGAGGGCGUCGACGACUUCUCCGACUGCGCCGCCUUCAGCCUCGCGUCGCCGCGCCUCGGCCUUCUCGCCCUGCGCAGCGGCCUGGCGCGCUUCAAGGACCCGCUCUUCGCCGUGGCGAUGCGGCUACUGCUCGUCGAGCGCUUCGUCGCAUCGUUGGGCUCGUCGAUCAUGGACACGACCCUAAGCGAGGACACCCUCCGCAGAUACGCCGCCGACCGCCGCGCCAGCGCCGACCACUUCCCGUGGCUUGCGAGGGUGAGCCCGGCGCUCCGCCUCACGUCGGAAGUGGAGGGCGCAGAGCGCCGAGCCGAGGUCUGGAGGCUGCUGCGCGGCGAGAAUGGCGCGCAGCUCCGGCUGCGUUUCUUGCAGAGCGGCCAGGUGAAGCACUUCGAGGGCGAGCGAGGAGCGGAGCGGAUGGUGCGUACGGUGUUUGCCAAUGGCAACGUGAAGUACUACGAGGGCGAGCAAGGUGCAGAGCGGCUGGUACGCAUGGAGUUAGCCGACGACGGCGGGGUGGAGCACUACGAGGGCGAGAGUGGUGCGGAGCGGCUGUCGCGCGCUGAGUUUGCCAAUGGCGAGGAGGUGCAGUACUACGAGGGCGAGAGCGGUGCGGAGCGGAUGGUGCGCGCUGAGUAUGCCGACGGCAGUGUGCAGCACUACGAGGGCGAGCGAGGUGUGGAGCGGCUGGUACGCAUGGAGUUAGCCGACGACGGCGGGGUGGAGCACUACGAGGGCGAGAGUGGUGCGGAGCGGCUGUCGCGCGCUGAGUUUGCCAAUGGCGAGGAGGUGCAGUACUACGAGGGCGAGAGCGGUGCGGAGCGGAUGGUGCGCGCGGAGUUUGCCACCGGCAGUGUGCAGCACUACGAGGGCGAGAAAGGUGCUGAUCGGAUCGUGCGCGCGGUGCGUGCCGACGGUGCCGUUGCGUACUUCGAGGGCGGGCAAGGCGCGGAGCGGAAAGUGCGCGCGGACUUUCCCAACGGCGAGGUGCAGUUCUUCGAGGGCGAGCGAGGUGCGGAGCGGACGGUCCGCGUGGUGCGUGCCGACGGUGCCGUUGCGUACUUCGAGGGCGGGCAAGGUGCGGAGCGGCUGGUGCGCAAAGAGUUUGCCAACGGCAAGGAGUUUCCCAACGGCGGUGCAGCUCUUUUGAGGGCGCCCGAGGUGCGGAGUUGA